AUGGCGACACCUCUCGUAGCAGUUCAAGCUCCGGAAAGCGGUCAGAGAGUGCAAGUCCAUCCUCUGGUCUUACUUACUGCCUCCGACUUGAUCACGAGGCAUCGUGUAAGACAGCUUGAAGGUCCUGUAGCAGGUAUCCUACUAGGUCAACAGUCGAAGGGACAGGUCUCUGCAGAGUACGCAUUUACAGCUAAGAUCAAUAACGGCCUGCUUGACCAAACAGAUGACUGGACCAACAAGCGCAUUGAGCAGUACAAAGAAGUUCACAAGGAUCCAGCCCUAGAAGUUGUGGGAUGGUUCACACUUUGUCCCGAGAAUGGACCCCUCCCAGAGCAUGCAGUACUUCACAAGCAGUUAACGACACUCUAUGCUGAGAAUGGAAUCCUGCUAGCGAUACACCCUGAAGCUUUCAGACAGAUUGAAGGUUCGAAAGCUAGACUCCCUAUUUCGGUCUAUGAAGGUCUUGCGGAGGGAGAUCAGAUAAUGAGUGAAGGUGCGAUGCAGGUGGAUGGUUCAGAAGCAGCUGCUCUCAGGUUCAGACAUGUGCCUUUUGUCAUUGAGACCGAUGAAACAGAGAUGAUAGCUAUCAAUUAUGUUGCUAAAGGAGCUGGAAGUGCUACGGCAGUGUCAAGAGCGCAGCAAACAAAGUCCGAAGAUAGUCAAGAACAGCAAGCAUCAGGCAACAAGAAUGUCACAGAAGAAGACAAAAAGACCCAACUGAGGGGACCUUCCUUGACACCAGAAGAGGAAGAUCAGAUCGCAGGUUUGACCACGAGACUCAACAGUAUCAAAAUGCUUCAAGAGAGGCUCCACUUGAUGUCGAAGCUGGUUGAAUUGAUGCCCCCAUCGUAUCUCGCCGACCAGAACGUUGCUCUCUCUUCGACGAGUCCAAGUCCGGAGUACCUACCUCAGCUUCGAAAUAUACAAGCGCUACUCACUCGACUGUCACUCCUCAGCCCUACUGGUGGCGAUGAAGCGACUUCACUGCAGCAGGCAGCGAAGGCACAAGCGAACGACGUCACAAUGACCUCGAUCCUAUCGAUUUUAGGUCAGGACGUACAAGGUCUAGCGGAGUUAGGUCGUAAGUUUGUGACGGUAGAACAACAGAAGAGCAUAAGAACCAAGUCGAAGGGAGGAGUUGGUCAGGGUUCAUACGGAGGUCUAGACGACUAUGGUAGUCGAGCAGGUGGGCUUACUUCAGAUUCCGGACUGUUGAUGAUGUGA